GGUGCAACUGAAGGAGUCGAGCAGAAGCGGGUCCAGAGAGUCUUGCCGAGGCCAAGCUGCCAUCUGCGUGUCGCCAUUGACUGACUGCUGAUCGACAAUGCCGGCACUGCCGUCGACGACAAGACGAGUCGCGCCUGCCUGCCAGCACGGUGCAAGAGAGGAGCAGGAGGAGGAGGCAGGAUGUCAGUGAGAGGCAAGGAGGAUCUCUACCUGAUCCUCGACAUCUCGCCCUCCCACAUCAGCGCCGGCCUCGGUCUGGGCGAUGUCCUGCAGCGGCCACGUCAUACGAUCAAGCUGCUCGCUGGCUUACCAACAGAUCUGCCGAGUUGGACAUGGCAGGAUCUACUGGUGGGACAAGCGUUGGACGACGCCAUGUCGUCUGACAGCACGCUCACCCUCAUCCGUCCAUUCGAGCACAUCCUCGAGCCAGACUCUGCGCCCAGGCAGACAGCCGGCAUGACGGCAGAGCAAGCCAGCCUGACUGCACUCGAAGCCAUACUCCAACACCUCAUGUUCGGUCUGCUCUCCAUGCCUGCGCGUCCUCUGGGCUAUCACCUCAUCGUCCUCCCUCCGGCCGGUCUGCCGUACUCCUACUCCGAAGGCAUCACCCGACUCGUCUUUGAACGACUCUAUCUACCCGCCUUGGCUAUCUACGAACGCCCUCUCGCCCAGCUCUACGCCCUUGGAUACACGAGCGGCUUGGCCGUCGAUAUCGACGCGACGGGGACAGAGAUCAACGUCGUUUUGGACAAUCAGGUCCAGCCACAAGCAAGGGUACGGUGUCCGAUAGGUUCAGAUGACUGCGAUCGCUAUCUCGCAGAUCUCUUGCUCCGAGCAGAUCCACAGCUACCUGCCUUGCUCGCCCCAGACGGCGAAGUGAGCCCAGGAGGGAUACAAGCAGCCCUCCUCGCCAUCGUCAGCUCACUCAAAGACCAAGACGCCAUCAAAUUCGCAUCGGAGCUACUGGAUCUCAAUCACGUUGCACCUGGCAUGUCAGAGGCAGUUCAAUCCGCAGCCGUCACAGAGGGGACAGAGGAAGGCGAAUUCGAUAUCGCUCGUCUUGUCGCGCAAGGCAAAGUAGACGCACUCGUACGAGGAAAGACAUCUGGCGAAGCAACACCAUCCACAGAAGACGUCGUAUCUGUACCUCAUCCUCUCCGGCCAGAUGGCCCCGAGAUCAGCAUUGGACCCAUCCGACAUCGAUAUGCUGAGCCUCUCUUCGAUCCUUCUCUGAUCAUCAACGAUGGUCCAUCGGCGAGCACAGGUCAGAGCUUGUCGCUACAAGAAGCUGCCGCACUCUCUGUCAGCUCACUCGAGGCACCCAUGAGGCCUUCUGCCUGGGAUAUCGUCUGUGUCACGGGGCCACCGAGUCGCAUACCAGGUCUGUCCGUGGAUCAGCGCAUGUCUUCCUUGCUUACAGCUUCGGCAGGCGUCGCAAGUGCUGUCAUCAAGGCAGCCAGCCAGUAUUUGAUCGAUCCAGAGUCCGGCUCAGACACGCAAGCUCGCGUUGCGCGUCUGGGCAAGAUCCCAGACUAUUUCUCAGAAAUGAAGGACCACCCAGAUCUGGCAGCCUACCUCGGCGGUGCAAUCCUUGCAAAGAUUACCUUCUCGGCCAAUGUCGGCGCGUAUCUGAGCAAGCAAGACUACAAUCUGAAAGGGCCGGCGAUUGUCAAGCUGCUCGAUCCGGUCAAUUGAUAGUAGACAAUGCGUGCAUGUAGAGAGAAACAAC